AUGUUUGUUACCAGAUCUCACUCUGGCACUCUCCACAAUAUGGCGGAUAACUGCGAGUAUGUCGCCAAUUUUCCUAAACUUGAGGAUUUAUGCGUUCAGUUCAUCCGUGUUAAUGUGAAAUACUGGAAACCAGAACAAUUUUUAGGUAAAAUUUCAUGAUUUCUUUAACCAAUCCGUGGUAAAAUAGCAAUUAUUUUUAUGAUGUGCCGAACAGUGAAACCACUAUAUUCUGUUUCCAGAUCUUGUGCUUAUAUCCAAAUUUCAAAUUUUCCAAUAUGAUUUCUCGUAGUUCUUGUUGCUAUAUUAUAUAGAAGCUUUCAAUUUUCAAAAUGGCUUGCUCACAGGUUGUUCAUUAGUUUAAGAUUGAACUUGUCUGUAAUGCUAUUCCUGUUUUUUUUUUCCAAGGAAUUCCAGGACAUGUUCUCCUACCAAUUUUGGAAAACCUUGAUCCUCUAGAGAUUGAGAAACUUGAAGGCUCCAGUAUUUUCAAAGCAAUGAGU